AUGAACCAGUUCAGAUCAUUAGUAAGGAAUAAGGCACCGAAUAUUAGAAUACAGGAUCAGAUGCAAGAUCAGGUGAGAACUUUGGAUAGAAAUUUUUCUAGAGGGCAAUUUAAUAACGGGGCACAAAAUAGCGCCGUUCCGAAUAUGUACGGAACUUACAACAGAGCUCAGGCUAGGCAGGAAAAACCUGUGCCUACGUUGAGCCAGGUACAAGGUAGCGAUCCUAACUUGUACGCCGUUACGGAGUUAUAAUCAUUGUCGGUUUGCGAAAGAAAUUUUUAGAUAAGUUUAAGGAAAUCGUUUUUGAAAGGGUAUUUGCUGUUAUUGAUUCAUAGGGAGAAUAGAUAAUUUCGAUCGGAACAGGAUAAACUAAGCGAACAAUAUCAAGAAACAUAAUCAAACACUUGUAUCUUGUUUAAUAGUUUGAAGAAAGAAAAGAAAAAAAAAAAACGAAAAAAAAAAUAUCAUCACUCGUCACACCCCUCAUAAAUCUAUGCAGUUUAAACGCACAUUAAAUUUUUCUAUCAUCGUUGCAGUAUAAAUCAAGGUACGUUUGACCGAAGAAUAUGCAAUUUAUAAACGGUUUCUUUACGACGUUCGAACAGCGCAAACUUGUUGAAAUCAUCUCACACGUGAAUACACGUAGCUUUUUGGUUUUCUAAUGAAAACGAAAGAGAAGGAAAAAAAAAAAAACUAAUCGAACUGGAGUAUGACGAGUAGCAAGAAGAGGCAUGCGAUUCGAAACAGCGGCGGUAAUUACCUCGUUCAAUUUUAUUACGUACGAGAGAAAAACGAAUUGUAUGUGGGCGAAUUAAGAGGGGGCAAGAAGAUAACUCGGAUUAAUAUGUUAUUCGGAAAGUUUUAUCGAUGCGAAUAAAAUAUUUGAGAGAAAGAAGAAACAACGAUCGUUGAAAACAAAGUCGUUUUUGAUAAGUAAUGCUGAUAAUACUCAACGUUGCUAGCGACGAACCUGGUGGUUAAUAGUAAAUCUGACUAUUUAUGUCUAAUAAAUUGGAUAUUUGGGGAUAAGGGGAAAAGGGUUGAGAACAUUUCUUUUUUUUUUAAAUAUCUUUUUUUUUUGUAACUAACUUUUUGAUAAUUUAUUUCAUCGUUUGAAUUGAAGCGCGUGUUACAAUUAUUUAUGAAAUGCGCGUAAUCGUAAUUGCAUUUCGAUGGGUUUAAUGUAAUUUCGUUAAUCGAAAACACUAACAAGAUGAGAAAAAAAAGGCUCAUCUCCGAAUGCGUCGUUAUUAGGUUGUACGAUUCGUGACGUGGAUUGAUAUUCAUUCACAUUUAAUGCACCAUACAUUUACAUACUAUACCUACAUAAAAGACACUUUAUUUUCAAAGACAAUUGAUGUCGUGCGUUUGAUCGGAUAUUAGGAGAAAAAAGCAAACAAAUAAAAAAAACAAUGAAUAAUUAUUGAAUUAAAGUACGGUAAAGUAAAAUGAAAUUACUAGAAAUGUAAAAAAAAAAAGAUAAAAAAUAAUAAUUAAUUUAAAAAAUGAUUAAAUGAAUAAAAAUAAUAAUACGAAUACUAAUAAUAAAAUAUACCAAAAGACAAUUUUGAUAUUCUUUACAGCCAUAACAAAGAGAUUUAUCUCAUUGAAUAAAGACUUUUUAAAUUUUCAAUUUGAUCGUUACAUCCAGCCAUUGAUAAUGAUUAAUAAUAUGAAUAUAUCUACAUAUAAAUAAAACAAAAGGAAGGAAAGACAAAAAAAAUCAAAUAAAAAUAUUGAGAGUAUAUUUGUUAUUAAUUACACAAUGAAUUAUUUAAUAAUGAAAUACAAAAAACGCGUAUUAAUACGAUAAAUAUCAAAUUUUGAAAAAUGUGUGCAAAGAAAAACGAGAAAAAAAAAAAAAUUAACACAAUACUGCCGGCACUCAGGCUCACGUAUUUUAAGUACAAAACACUGAAAAACACAAUUUUCGUAGUUUAAUUUAAACACCAUCAAUCGAAUUAAUAAUUCUUAUAGUAUAAUGAUGGGAAAAAAAUUUCUACCAUUUGGUAUAGGUCAUUAAUGUAAUUUAUAAAAUAACACUCUACACAUUCGUAAAAACCAAUUAUAAAAAUAAGAUCGUAUAACGAAUUACGCAUGGCAUAUAUAUUCGUAGUGAUAAAAGAAAAAAAAUCCAAAAAAAGAUAAUAAAUAAAAAUUCGGAAAAUCAAAGGCAGUAAAAUUGAAAUUUCAACCACGGCUCAUCGAUUGAAAAAUCGUUGGAAACGGCAUAUGAUGAAAAAUCGGUUCCUGCUGUCAAUAUUUUCUGUUAUUUGAUUUAUCAACACAUAUUUGAAUGGUAUGGAGAGAAAAAUCAAUUCUGCAACGAAACUGCCAAUUUAGAUUUUUUUAAUUAUAUUUUUUUUUCCAUUUGAAUACAUGAUUCAACCCAUUGUAUAUAUACAUAUUAUAGUUGAAUGAAACUGUGAAAUGUGGAAUUUCAAUUCUUAAUGUUUAAAUGCUAAGAUUUAAUGCCGAAAAUACCUUCCUGUUUUUCGAGGUACAAACAGCUCACUGAGAUCAUGAAUAACAGCGCAAUUUUAGGUAUAUUAUUCAUAUAUUAAGAUAGAGCGGAAUCUGAACUUAUAACACGUGACUGAUAAUAUUCCGUGUGUCGAUACAAUGCAAUAAAAAAUGUCUAGAUUUUUUUCUUCUUUUUUUUUUCUCUUAUUUUUCACUCUUCUGAGCAAAUUCUUCGUCAUAUGCGUGGCGUUGAGUUUUCACCGCAUUUCCUAAUGUCAGACGUUUUUACGUCACAUACGUUUGAUAUAUAAAAUACGUAAUAUCAAGACUAUGCAAAAUAAUCGCACACCUGUUGAUUAACACUCUUGAAAUAAAAUAGGUAUUUUAUUUAUCUAUAAAAUUUAAUACAUGAUAUACAUAUUUAAAAAACGCCUCGUUACGUUUCUGCAUAAUAAUAACUUAUUAUUUUAAUUAUUCUUUUUCUUUUUACAUUUCUUUUCAUAUCUACAAAUAUUGCAUACCCGCAUCUACGUUAUAUGGUAAUUGAUUGAUAGGUAUGAGGGAAAUAUAUAGAAAAGAAAAAAUGGAAAGAAAUAUUGCGUGAAAAUCGGCCAUAAUGUAAAUAUUUGUAAUAUUUAUUGAAAGUAGCGUAUAGGACAAUUCAAUUUAGAGUAGCGAUUAAUUAGUUUAGUUGAAAAUACUGGUAAUGAUAAUUGGUUUGAAAAAGAAAAUAAGAAAAAAAAAACCAAGAAAAACUGAGGAAAAAAAUUAUUUCAAAAUUGAAAGAAACUUUGAUUUUUAGUGUGUUAAGGUAAUAAAAAUAAUGAAGUAAAUAUUAAUAAUGGGGAAAAAAAAUAGUCCUAGUCAGUGAUGUUGUAUCUUCAUAACAAAAUUUCUUGCCAAAUUUCUGUAAAGCGGCUCAAUUUUGAAAAUUUAGAUCAAAAAUAAAAAAUAAAAAAAUUAAAUUAAAUUAAAUAAAUAAUAAUUAUGAAUGAAAAAGAGGACAAAACGACUCUUUGAAUGAAUCUAUAAUCAUUACAAAAAAAAAAAAGAACGGGAAUAAAAAUAUAGAAAACCACGUACGUUUGAAUUUUUUAAAAAUAAGUUCUGAAAAAAACAGGCGUAAUGUAAUGAUAGUAUAAACAUAGCUAUGGAAAUGAUUUUCAACCUUGUUAAGACUGUCAGAAUAGUAAAUGGGAUCAAUUCAAUAUUCUCUUGAAUAAAUGAAUUAAUGAAUUGCACUAACAAUUAUGAAAUCCCAACUGAUUUUUUUUUUGCGAAAUUGAUCGAAUUAAUUGACGUAAUAACUUCAAUUUAAGGUAAGGAAUAAGGAAUAAAUCUUAAGAUUGUUGAAGUCUAAAAUCUUAAUACAUCGUAGCCUAGUGGUUGUUGGUGAUAUUUUUUUCUAACUGUUCGUCAAUUUUCAAAACACAAAAUCGAAAUUAAACAAAGAUAAAAAAAAAAUCUAAGUCAAAUACUUUGUUCGAAGUACAAGUUGGCGAUCGGUUUUUCAUUCCCGAGUUAUUUUCAGAGAAAAGGUUUGAAAAGAGAUUAAUUAUAUAUUAUUUAUGAAGAAUAGAUUCACCUGAAGUAAUGUAGUUCUUGCAUUUGUCAAGAGUUUUAACUAUACUUUUUACGAUUUCUGGCCUAUUACAGCGAUAAACUAACGUCUCAUAGGAGUGUUACUGAUAUUUGAUUUCAACUUCUGAUGGAAAAAAAAUACAGAGUACCUAAAAAGAUAAAAUUGCAGACUUUGUGAUUAUGUGAAAUACAGUUGUUAACUAUUUAGAUACUCUGUGAUGACAUUUAAAAUAUACUUACAUAUAUACCUAUACAUAUAUAAAAUUUAAUUUAAAUACGAUUUCUUUUAUUUUUAUUUUAAGGGAAGCGAUUCAAUUUUAGACGUAAAAACAUGAAUAGAGGCUAUUCGAUGAACGUAAUGAGUUAAGGAAAUUUCUAAAUAGAUUUUUUCAUGUGUGAAAAAUACAGUGUUAUAAGUUAUAACUACGUAGUAAAUCAUUAUUUGAUCGAUUUACAAUCAAGGGGAAUUUAAUUUAUAAUUAUUAUUGUGUCAAAGUGCGAUAAUCUAAACUUUAUUCCUACUAUUAUGUACACAAUUAUUGUAAGGAAGAAAAUAAAAUACGAAUUAAUACGUCAUUAUAUCUGAAAAUUUUGACGUAUUCAAAAAAAUUAAACUGGAUCGGAAGAUA